CACUCUGGAGAACUCGUCUUUGCCAAAGAAAUACCUGUCGAAUAUCUACAACACACCUGCAUUUUCUGCAUCAUAAAAUGUAAAUGACUUUGCCUCCUCCACGCUACAUACAUUUGCAGAUCUCUUAAUUCUAUAAAAGCUGAAAAGAUAAGAAGAACAAUACACAUUUUAUUGCGGGCAAGGAAUUUACCAGAAAUUGUUAACAAGACAUGUGCAAAAAAAUAUGUAAAAUCUUUGACUCAAACGUUUAACCAGUUUUGUUUAAUAAUCUGCAUAAAAUUAAAUAUUAUCAUUGUUCUGCUGCUGCUGGUGUCAAACUGGAAUUCUGUUACAUGGAUUUUUCUGCAUAGUGAGUGUCAGAAAGUGUUUACUGGCGUCAGUCACCGAUUAAGGGAUUGCUAAUUGAGUGAAAAAGACGCAAAUUGAACUUUUUCACUAAUUUUAUUCAUUUGUUUCAAGUUUUGCCUAGGAGUUUUUACCAAAUUUUACCAAGUUAUUUUACCAAGUUUUUACCAAAUUAUUUUACAUAGUUUUAUUGUGAAAGUGGUGCGUGUGUACAUACGUAGAACAUAAUUUAUGAAAUAAAUAUGCUAGAAAGAUUUUUAAAAUGAAGAUUAAUUAUCAAAUAUCGGAUCGGAUUUGUACCCUCGUCCUCGUCUUCUUUUUCUUAAUAACCUCCGAGGGUCGCCAGUUACGCCGACAUCAUGACCACGACUAUGAAGGCAGCUUGCAGGAAACCGGAAGUCGAAAGUCCGUGGCGGCGCCCACGCUGAUAUUUGGUAAUCCUGCCGUAAUCCCGAGUACGGGGCGGGACGAUGCCACAACCACGACCGGAAGUAGCAACAAACGUCCCGUCAGCCUUGACCUUUACGAGGAAGAAACUUCCCGGAUGGAGGGCGAUGAAGCUAUCGUGAGAAAUAUUAUGAUUAAAAGACUAAAACGCGAAGCCGCCGACCGGAAACAGAUUGACGAUGAGAUCGACGAGGAUGAAGCCAUGUUGAAAAAACGACGCCAAGAAGCCGAAGAGAUGGAUGCGGAAGCGGCCGCGCAGAAAAAAACCAACAAGGACAAGAUGACUAAUAGCACAACGACAGCCACACCGACCAGCGUGAUAAACUCAACGCUGACGACGACGACACCUCCCCCGACGAAAAAUGGGACCAAUUCUGGAGGUCAAUUGGUGUCACCAAUGCCACUCCCACCGCCAGGAAUGAACGCAACCGGACCCCCCAACAAGAACGGAACUGUUCCAAGACGCGUCGUUCUCCCUCCGGGGGCAGCACUGCCUCCUGGCGCCAUGUUUCGACCCGGAAGUGGACCACCCCCUCGUCCCGGUCAACCCCCCUUCCCAUUCCCACCACAUCUCCUUUUUGGCAAUAAAAACCUCUCGGUGACGCCAAAACCUGCGAAAAAAGGGGAACUUUACCUUCCCGAGGACUACAACAAUUUAGAAAUUCCGAAACUCGAUGCGGGAAAAUUGUUUGGGAUCAAAGUCAGUAAAUUGAGCCCGGUUCCGGUCCUCGUUUUCCUCAAUAUACGCAGCGUUCGAGAUAUCGACGAGCUCAGUGAGGAAAUCGUGCUGGACUUGGACAUGAAAGUUGAAUGGGUGGACGGGAUCCUUUUCGACCCUUUCAACGCCUUAAGGUCCAAACCCACGAAACCCACCACGCUUAAUCCUGUCUUUUUGAGGAAGAUUUGGCAACCCGACAUUUAUAUCGAUGAGACGGUACGCGUGCAUAAGACGGAAUUGAUGGCCACACCCCACACGCUCCUCUUCUCACCCGGAACCGGCCUCGUUUCAUAUACUUUCAGGGUCGCAGUCCGUCUCGCGUGUGAAAUGGAUUUCUUUUACUAUCCGGCAGACACGCAUAAGUGUGUCUUUCACUUGAGAAGUUACUCCUAUUUUGAUGUUGACCUUGACUUGAGCUGGUUACGAAACGGGGUAUUUCUGCAGGAUCCGGGAGACCCUAAUUUCGACCUGGAGGCCGACGACAUUCAAGAAAUUAAGAUUGAUCAAGUCUUCCAUGAAUCAAACAAUGACACGUAUGACGGCCUCUCGUUCACGAUCGUGGCGCGGAGGAAGCUUUCCUACCACAUGGUACAGACUUACCUGCCCUCCGUGUUCUUCAUCGUGAUCACGUGGCUCUGCUUUCUCGUGCCGGCCAGAAUGGUCGAGGCCCGUAUCGGCAUCUCCAUGACGACGCUGCUAACUCUCACUGCAAUGUUCUCCUCCGUACGAGAAUCAACACCCAUCGUGAGCUACGUUAAGGCCGUCGAUAUUUGGAUGGUUUUCUGCAUCUUUUUCGUGUUUCUCACCCUCCUCGAGUUCUCCCUGCUCGUUUGGAUUCGCUCAUUUCGCGAGGACGCCGAAGAAAAACGACUCGAACAUGAAAGACUUAUGCAGAAACGUCGCGGAAGUGGGGGUGGGAAAAAGAAUGGAAAUCAUGACCGUGAUCCUAGCCCGUCUCGCAGUGUGAGAAGCGAAGAUCUCAAAUAUUACGAGUCUUUCGCAGAAUUUACGGAGAAAUGGGCUUUUCUAAUUUUUUCCGUGGUCUUCAUCCUGUUCAACAUUUGGUAUUGGAGUUGGCUUCUCACGGCGAGCGAUUACUUCAACUGGAACGUCAACGCCACCCACAACGGACUCCUCGACGACGACUAAAUCCUCAGUUUAAACCAUAAUUAAUUAUAUAAUGCACAUUUUUUUGGAAUAUUGUAUGAAAUGUGAUCCUACUUUUGAAUGAUGUCCGUGUUUAUAUGUUAGUUUUUGAAUAACAAAUGUAACUAAUAAAAAAUGAAGAGAUAAAUUGUA